GCUCAGAUCAGACUCCAUCGUCCCCACAACAAUAUGGAGAGCCCCGUCGCACCAUUCAUCCCCGUUCAGGAGUUUUCUCCAGAGCCAGACAUGGUGAUAGAAGACCAACGUGCGCAAUCACCAAUGCGAAAGCGAGCGCGCCAUACUAGCAGCAAUGACCUCACAGCAUCCGAGUCUGACUGUUCUCUCGUCAUUCCAGAGGAAUCGAAGGUUCCCGUAAGGGACGAUACAUACUACAUGGCCGACGGGAGCUGCGUUCUUCGUGUGCAGAACACGUUGUUUAAAGUCCAUCGCACAAUCUUGUCCAAGGAUCAGUCAUCCUUUGGGCCUAUGUUUACCCUCCCACAAGGAGAAUUCACGGAAGAGGGGAUGUCGGACGACUAUCCCAUCGUUAUGCAGGGAGAUACUGCGGAAGAGUUCAGACAUUUCCUCUGGGCGCUCUAUGCCUUACCCUCGGAACUGCUGAUAGUUCGGUCCCCAAAAGCCGAUCUUAGCCGGCUAAUAGACAUUGCAAAGGUGUCCAGCAAGUACUCCUUCAAGUCCACAGAAACAUGGGCAUUGGACGCAAUUCAAGAGUAUCUUGAACGGAACACGUCCCCCCUGUUCAAUGACAACCCUCUAAUACGCAUGUUCCCAACAAUAAGCACUCGCUCUUCGGCUCUUUUGGAGAGUGAAGGCCAAAUUGCGCGCCUGAUCAGACUCGCUCAGAUGUGUUCGCACUCACGUCUGAUGGACACGAUGAUUCAACUUCUUCAUAAGCUGAUGUCAGGUUCUUUGCACUAUUCAUAUCUGGCCAUGACCCUCGCGGAUGAGUUCGACAUUAGGGACCUGCGAGGCGCGGCAUAUCUUGAAGUCAUGCAGACAUCAGUCUUUGUCUGCCCCGGAGAUAGUAAUGGUCAUACAUAUGUGGAAGGUGACAUUCAGGAAACGAGUGAGGGGCCGCAGCGGCUGGUGGUCAGCCCGGUACAGCAGCUCAGGCUUCUGUCGGGAUAUCACCGCCUUUCUAAGGCAUGGGACCGGUUGCGUUCUGUUCCUCCGCAGUUCGAUCAUGCGCCGUCAUGCGGUGCGACGUGGCACCAACAUGGAUGUACUCAGAGCUGGACAGACUUCUGGAAGGAGAAGACGAAGUCAGAAGGUGUGCUAUCCCUUGGCUCCGCAAAUGUUCUGGGGAGAUUGGGGAUUAUUAUCAAGGAGUUUGACAAGUGGGGAUCUGCAACAUAUAUGCACCACGAUUGCAAGUCUGCGGCGAGACGCUCUAUCCACGACAAGGUGAAGCAGAUUCAGGAAGCACUGCCGGAUUAUUUCACAGGAGGUGGUGAACAUUAACGUCCGUCUGACUUGAUAGAGUACAUUCCAUACGUACUGCUAGAUAUCGUACAAGUUCUGCUUUUCAGUACGUUGAGGGAGGAGAUUAAUUGAUACAAGGGAAACGGCCACGGCGUGAGUCAGUAUUGCCCUUGUCGCCCUUUCCCGAGGGCGGUCCUCAUGCUGCUGGAAUUGGAAUUCACAUGGGCAAUAUUGCGCCUAUUCCAUGGACCAUCUUGUAUACGGUUUGCUUCAUUUCCUAUUGAGGUGCCCAUCAUGUUCU